AUCCGUCACAGUUGAAUUCAACUCUCUCCCCUUGUCGUCCCACCACAUCGUGGAUUUGUGCUCAGCUGUGCUCUGUAGUCCACUGACUACUACUCCCCACGAGCUCCUCAGCCGCCACAGCUCUCCUACCACCCCACUGGACCCAGUUCGUCGGCGGGUAGCCUCCGCGCGGGGAGUACCGAGUGAUGGCUCUGGUUCCCUCGAGUUCGGGUAGCGCACCGGUGAUUGCCGAGGUGGAGAUGAACGGCGGCGCUGAUCAGGGCGCCAACACCGUCCGAGCCACCGUCGUGCAGGCCUCCACCGUCUUCUACGACACCCCUGCCACUCUCGAUAAAGCAGAGAGGUUAAUAGCAGAGGCUGCUGGGUAUGGUUCACAGUUGGUUGUGUUCCCAGAAGCUUUCGUAGGUGGCUAUCCCCGUGGAUCUACCUUUGGCUUUGGAAUCAGUAUUAGUCUUAUCAAUCCAAAAGACAAGGGAAAGGAUGAAUUCCGGAAGUAUCAUGCGGCUGCCAUAGAUGUGCCUGGUCCAGAGGUGACACGCCUGGCUGCUAUGGCUGGGAAAUAUAAGGUCUUUUUGGUAAUGGGGGUGAUUGAAAGGGAAGGUUACACACUGUAUUGUUCAGUGCUCUUCUUUGAUCCUCUAGGCCAGUACCUGGGUAAGCACCGCAAGCUCAUGCCAACGGCAUUAGAACGAAUAAUAUGGGGAUUUGGCGAUGGAUCGACAAUUCCUGUAUAUGAUACUCCACUUGGAAAGAUCGGAGCUCUUAUUUGCUGGGAAAAUAAGAUGCCACUUUUAAGGACAGCACUGUAUGGUAAAGGUAUUGAGAUAUAUUGCGCUCCCACAGCUGAUUCGAGGCCAGUUUGGCAAGCCUCCAUGACACAUAUUGCCUUGGAGGGGGGAUGCUUUGUCUUGUCUGCAAACCAGUUCUGCCGCAGAAAGGACUAUCCUCCACCACCUGAGUAUGUAUUUACCGGUUUAGGAGAUGAGCCUUCUCCAGACACUGUUGUUUGCCCUGGAGGUAGUGUCAUCAUAUCGCCAUCUGGAGAAGUCUUGGCAGGCCCCAACUACGAUGGAGAGGCACUGAUUACAGCUGACCUUGACCUUGGAGAAAUUGUCAGGGCCAAGUUUGAUUUUGACGUGGUGGGACACUACGCUCGACCUGAGGUACUGAGCUUGGUAGUGAAUGACCAACCACACCUCCCUGUAUCUUUCACCUCUGCUGCUGAGAAGACUUCUGCUGCAAAGGGUGGCAGCAUCACAAAGCCCUGACGACCAUCGAAUCAGCUACGAGCGAUUGAUUUCUAUCAAUAAGUCAAUAAGCUGAUGAAACGUAGGCUAUCUUCGCCUGCAUUUCUGACGUCCCUGUAACUUCCUCUGCUUGUAAAAUGCAUUCCAGAACAGUCAGUUGAGGUCUGCACAACUUGUGCUGCAUCUGUUAUCUACUAAACGGACUCAGAUUGUGCAUAAGCAUAACCAGCUUAAGCUAAGUGUUCUAGGCUUCUAGCAGUUAUCAUGUCACCCAUCCCUGGUAUUUGCCUUUUAUGGUGAGUUCACUAA